AUGGGAUACAUUAAUGUCUCAAUCACCAAUCUUCCAAGUAGUUUAUCUUCCAUUAAUAAGGAUGUAAAAAAAAAUUUUAUUUCUUCAUCUUUUAAUAACAAAAGGAGAUCUGAAAAUAAAAAUCACACAAAUAUUAUAUUUUCUAGGAUUUUUACAACACUUACUUUUUCUUUAUUAUGUUUUUUGUUACAAUGUAUGUAUAAAGCAGAUUCUACGGAAAACCUGAGGCCGACAUUUAAUUUAAGUUAUCUAAGGAAAUUAUCAGAGAAUGAAAAAGAAAAUUCUAUGGGUAAUGUUGAAGCACCGACUAAUGAUCAAAAUGUCGACAUUGAAAAUUUUAAUAGCGAGUUUGAGGAUCUAGAGACUAAAAUGAAUAAUGAAUGGAGAGAAUUGGAAGGUCUUCAAAGAAAAAAAGAGGAUCAUAUAUCUUUUAGUUCAUGGUUAACAGUUCUUUUAAAAUUGGAAGGAAAUGAUCGUACACUCAUGAGAAGAUGGUUUGAGGAGGGAAAUGAUAUGCAUACACAAUGUUCAAUUUAUAAAAACACAGAUAGAAUUAUGUUUGAAACAUUUAAAAUAGAACAAAGAGAAAAAUGGUUUGCAGAUUAUCAGAAUCCUGAUUGGAAGCAACAAAUGGAAGAAGAAUGGAAAAAAGUAAAGGAGAAAAAAAUGGAAAAUAUAGGUAUUUGGGAAAAUCAAUUGAAAAGUAAAUGGAAUGAAUGGUUUGCAGCAAACUUUGAUUAA